AUGAAACAAUAUGCUUAUGAACAACUAGGUGAAAAUAUUCCGGCCUUAUUAAAUCCCAAGGAAACUGCUGGUGGCCUCAUUAAUCCAACCAAACCACCAAAACCAACUGUUGGUCGUCAUUAUGUCGCCUGUAUUUAUGAUGAUUUCAAAGCAAUUGAUUGUUUGAUUGAAAUCAGUCCGAAGGAAAUCGACGAUUUAGUUAAAACUGCCAAUGCUCGACGCAAAUCAGUCAUCUAA